UGCUGCUGCGUUGUUUGUUUGUUUGUGCACUGGCUGGCUUGCUUUGCUUCUUGCGCUGCUUGCAUGUUGCUUGAUGUUCAUUUCUUUGCUUCUUCUUCGCAAACCUUGAUCGCUCGCACGCUCUCUCUCUCUCUCUACCCGGUUGGUUGCUGCCAUUCACAUUCACACCACACCAUCCAUUCACACCUACCUUCUUGACGCACCUGACUUCUGUGAGCUGCUUGUUUGAGAGCACACACACACUGACGUUCUUUCGUGUCAGACGACGUACAUCAAUCCAACCUCCCGACCAGCACCACCACCAACACGAUGACGACUCCACGCAAGACCAAGGAGGAUCUCCUCAGCAUCUGGGCUCGCCCCAAGAACAUCCUCGUCGCCGUCGAUGGCAGCAAGUACGGCGACGCGGCCAUGGACUGGGCCAUCGAGAACCUCUGUGGUGAGGCCGACAUCCUCCACCUCGUCUACUGCUACACGCCCAUGGAGGAGUUUGUUGAUCUCGAGGACGGCAUCGUCUUCUCCCCAUCACAAAAGGACCAGGAGGCCCUGCGAGCAAAGGCCGAGGCUGUGCUGCGCGACGCUGUUGUGCGCUGCGUUGGUGAGGAGCCCCAUAUCAAACACGAGCAGCACCUGCUUGCCGGUGACCCGCGCAUGUGCAUCAGCGAGCUUGCCGACAAGAUCAACGCAGACGCCGUUGUCGUUGGCUGCCGCGGCCGUGGUGCCAUCACCCGCGCCGUCCUCGGCAGCGUCAGCACGUGGCUGAGCCACCACCUCACCAAGCCCCUCGUUAUCGUCCGCCCCCAGGAUGAGCAGUGAACUGCAACGACCACCACAUCAUCAGCACAACCACUCGACGUCCUGAUAGUGACCCCUCCUUCACCACCGCAAGCCAGCGUCAUGCCACCACCAUCACCACCUCCUCAGCAAAUGGACAACACCCUGCAGGCUCACGAACAGCAUGCAUCGUCUCUGUCGUUGUGGGGGCGGUUGUCCUGGUGUUGGCGAACCUGUCGCUGCUGUUCUUCCUGCUGCUCCUGCACAUGCGUUUGCUUUCGCUUAUCGUCAUCAUCUUCAUCUUCAUCUUCAUAAUGUGAUUUCACGUUGUUAUGAACGUCAAUCAUCAUCCCAACCCUUGUGCACCAACCGAUCACGUGUCACUGUGAGAAGCAGACAUAGAGGUGGGAGG